AUGGGUAGCUGUUUUUCGUGUUUUGAGAGAACGCAUCCUCAUGAUCAAGAAGAAACUGCUGAUGAUGCCGAGGUUGAUCAUGAAGCUGAAGCGAUUUUUCGACUUGCUUUAGCUGAAUGUUUUAAUAAUGCUGCUGAAAAUUCUGUAUCUGUGAUACCUAGAUCAACCAACAGUUCGAAACGUUUUGGAUCCGUCCAUUCAAACUCCUCCGAUGGGGAUGCCUGUCCUACAUGUUUUGAAGGAUAUACUGAACAGAAUCCUAUGAUCAUAACUAAGUGUGGGCACCAUUUCCACCUUAGCUGUAUACUUGAGUGGCAGGAGAGACGUGAAACUUGUCCAAUUUGUAGGAAGUUACUUUACUUAAAACUAUCAAAUGCCCUUUUGUCCCUCUCUGGAUUUGCAGGUGGUUGA